GUGGAGCAGGAUAACAUCUGUAACUGAAGAAGCAGAAGCAGAAGCAGAAGCGAAGAUGGGUGGUUCCAAUUUCACUCACUUCCUCGUUCUUCCCUCCUCUUCUCCUCCUUCUCUUUCCACUCUCUUCCCAUUCAAAUUUCCCUUAAACGAUUCUUCUCCCUUCACUCUUCUCUGCAACCAAUUCCCUUCCAAACUUACUACAACAUCUUCAUGCCCUUCACAAUUCUCACCUCCUCGCCGUCACACUUGCUUUCUAAAAAAGAUGAAAGCCUCGGGACUUGAGCAAACAGGACCCAUUUUACAUGGAGACAACCUUGAUGCAAUGAAGAGCAGGACUGUGCUUCAGAAGUUUCAAAGGGAAACGCCGAUGGAAUUCCUCAGUACCCUUGUCACAAAACAAUCUAUCAUGAAUGACUUUACAACCAAAGAUCUUGAAGAUGGGGGAAGAUCAUCCAAAUGGGUUUCAGCACUCCUGUUUGGACAAACUAUAUCAGUGAUUUCUCCUGAUGUUUCAUAUGCAAGUGGCGCAGUGAAGAUAAAUGAGAUAUACGAGGUUGGAGAGUUGUUUGAUUUAAGUAUCCAACUAAUAUACUUGGUAUUGUUAUUGGGUUUGCUAGGAACUGGGACUUUCUUUGUGAUUCGCCAAAUUCUUGUUCGCAGAGAACUUGACCUUUCUGCCAAAGAGUUGCAGGAGCAAGUAAGAAGUGGUGAUGCUGGUGCAACUGAGCUUUUUGAACUUGGUGCAGUGAUGCUGCGCAGGAAAUUUUACCCUGCUGCUACCAAGUAUUUGCUUCAAGCAAUUGAGAAAUGGGAUGGAGACAAUCAGGAUCUUGCCCAGGUGUACAAUGCUCUUGGUGUGAGCUAUGUCCGUGAUGGAAAGCUUGACAAGGGAAUUGCACAGUUUGAGACGGCUGUGAAACUUCAACCAGGUUAUGUCACAGCAUGGAACAAUCUUGGUGAUGCCUUUGAGAGUAAAAAAGAAUAUAAGUCUGCUCUGAAGGCAUUUGAAGAAGUCUUACUGUUUGAUCCUAACAACAAGGUUGCUCGGCCUAGGAGAGAUGCUUUGAAGGAACUUGUUCAAGACACCAAAGGAGUUCCUAUCAAAUCAAAUGAGAAGAAAUGAAUGCAAUUGUGUGAACUAACACACUAUGAAUGUGGCAUAGUUAAAUACACAGUUUUCAAUAAUUUAUUUGGUUGUGUUGUAGGGAAUUUUGGCUCUAUUGGUGUAGUUACUAGCUGAGGUAGACUAUUGCUAGGAAUGGUUGAAAGUUCUCAAUUCUCUAAUGGGUUACUAAAGCUGUGCUCUGGUGCUGAUGGUGUAUUCACGUGUGAAAAUCCUCUUUUUUUUUUUUUUUUUUUUUUAAUAAAUGGUCAUUUUCAUGAUUUUUAAAG